GUUUUAAAAGAAGUGGGGCAGUAGCUGAACCCUGACAGACUGCAGCUCUCCAAGCUCGUUGCACGCCACAAUCACGAGUCAGUGGUGCCGCCUGCUGUACACGGUUCCGUACGAGGAGGUCAACACAAUCAUUAGACGUUGAUAUCAGGUGACGUAACAAGUAAGUAUAACGUUUUGUUGGAGAUUAUCUAAUGUAAGUCAUACUAUUAGUUAAACAUAAAAUUCGCGCAAUUUAAAGCUGACGUUUAGCGAACAACAUGUAUGAUGCAUACAAUGAUGUAAAGCUUUCAUCUUGAGCAAGUUUUAGACAGGAAGCAAUGCCUUUAGUUCAGUAGCUACGGGCCCAGUUAAAGGCUCUGCGACGGGGGUGGCCAUCCUGGGCGCUAGGCUCAGGGGGUGCCAAACGUAUAUUUUCUCCACAUCUGUAUAUAAGCCUAGAUAAUUUAGCAUUUUUUUUAUUGAACGUUGGAAAAGGAGGGUGGGGGGCAUUUUGGGGUUUCGCCCAGGGCGCAACCCUUCCUCGGCACUUGCCUGGUCCUAGGAGAAAUAACUAGGCCAACGACGAAGAUUUGAAGACCUCCUGUUAUUUUUUACUACAUCUACUGUAGCCUAAUUUAUUUUUAUUAAUUAAGCUAAUGAGUUCUAAAAAUGUUCUUAUAAUAAUAUAUAGUUGCACCAGGCACGGACCAAAAUAAAACCAGCAGUCCAAAAAAAAAAUGGCGUUGGAAGAGGAAGCCACUGGUAAACGCCCUUGUGCACCCCCCCCCCCCUCCAGUAUAGUGGCCUGUGUCUGAAUUCUAAAUGUUAUCAUUGUAUCAUCUUGUAUCCUCUUAGUCGUAGAUAGCCUAAAUGAAUAAUAAAUGAUUGUUGGCAUUUUUUGUUUAUGUGAGGGGUCACACCAUGACUGAAUAUUUUCAUGUAUUAUGUUAUUACUAGGAAAUAGCCCUAAUGUGUUACACAUGUAUUAGACUGAUCAUUCUACUCAACCAUAUUUUGUAGAUCUCCACAACGAGCCAUCCCACAAAGAACCAUUCCACAACGAGCCAUCCCACAAAGAACCAUUCCACAAAGAGCCAUCCCACAAAGAACCAUUCCACAAAGAGCCAUCCCACAAAGAGCCAUUCCACAAAGAGCCAGCAAUGACUAAAGCACAGGUCUGGAAGUUAAAAACAUCAUUUGAUGGGAUGCCAAGGCUUGAGAACUUCCAACUUGUUGAAGAGACUCUCCCGUGCCUGAAAGACAAUGGUAGGUUUAGUGGCAACACAGAUUAACUUCUUGAAGGAGGUCAGAUAUAGUGGCAACACAGAUUAACUUGUUGAAGGAGGUCAGAUAUAGUGGCAACACAGAUUAACUUGUUAUUAGAGGGUAGGUAUGGUGGCAACACAGAUUAACUUGUUGAAGAGACUCUCCCGUGCCUGAAAGACAAUGGUAGGUUUUGUGGCUACACAGAUUAACUUGUUGAAGAGACUCUUCCGUGCCUGAAAGACAAUGGUAGGUUUAGUGGCUACACAGAUUAACUUGUUGAAGAGACUCUCCCGUGCCUGAAAGACAAUGGUAGGUUUAGUGGCUACACAGAUUAACUUGUUGAAGAGACUCUCCCGUGCCUGAAAGACAAUGGUAGGUGUAGUGGCUACACAGAUUAACUUGUUGAAGAGACUCUCCCGUGCCUGAAAGACAAUGGUAGGUUUAGUGGCUACACAGAUUAACUUGUUGAAGAGACUCUCCCGUGCCUGAAAGACAAUGGUAGGUUUAGUGGCUACACAGAUUAACUUGUUGAAGAGACUCUCCCGUGCCUGAAAGACAAUGGUAGGUUUAUUUAGUGGCUACACAGAUUAACUUGUUGAAGAGACUCUCCCGUGCCUGAAAGACAAUGGUAGGUUUAGUGGCUACACAGAUUAACUUGUUGAAGAGACUCUCCCGUGCCUGAAAGACAAUGGUAGGUUUAGUGGCUACACAGAUUAACUUGUUGUAUGAGGCUAGAUAUAGUGGCUACACAGAUUAACUUGUUGUUAGAGGGUAGGUUUAGUGGCUACACAGAUUAACUUGUUGUAUGAGGCUAGAUAUAGUGGCAACACAGAUUAACUUGUUGAAGGAGGGUAGAGAUUGUUGCAUUUAACAAGAUAUUCAUUACAUUAAUGAUAAUGUAAUAGAAUUGUGUUGUAAUCUGUACAAAACAUAAUAUUUUCAGAUUGAUUUUGUUUACAUAAAUUGUAUAUCAUUUUUCAAUUUUUAAAUAUUUUAAUUCAUAAAGUUAACAUAUCUUACAAUACUAUUCUCCAGAGAUAAGUUAACAUAUGUUACAAUACUAUUCUCCAGAGAUCCUUGUACAAGCACGUUACUUAAGUAUUGACCCAUACUUCAGGUAAAAUAUAAAUCAUGUUCUGCGCAUGUAUAAAUGUCAAACGGUUGUGAUAAAAAUAAAUAUACUAAAGUCCCACACCCCACACUAAGAAACGAAAAACAAAAAAACAAACAACCAAAAACCCUGUAACAGCAUUAGAAGACGUAUAGAAGUUCUAUUCGAAAAUUAUAAUGUUUAACUGUCUCAUCAUUUAAAUAACAAUGUUUUGAAUGCAUGCAAACUUUGCCUUUUUGACAGGCCAAUGUUCCUAGAGUAAUCUUCCCUUACUGGCUGACCCAUUUUAGUAGGUUUACAUUAAUUGGAUGGAUUGCUUCCCUUAAAUAAAUAUAACUUAUUUUAAGACAAUUUUUCAUCAGAUUUUAUGUUUUUACACAGGUCAAUAGCAAUUUUGUUAAAUAUUGACAUGAUGAAUUUUAUAGCACUUUCGAUGUAAUUGGACAGUUACAUAUACGUUAAAUAAGUUAAUUAUGCUAGGCUCCUUCGGUUUAAAUUAAUGAAGGGAAAUACAUUUCAUCCGCUUUGACAAAGUCAUUCAAAUUUCUUUCCAUUUAUGGGACUAUUUUUCUACACACCACGGGAAAAUUCCAGUCGAAAGUUAUGUUAUAGUUGUUUACCAUUGGCGCUGUGUGGAUAGAAAGUGUGACACACAAACUGAUGCGUCAUCAUAGUUUACACCUCAAAGUAGUUACUGCGGAACGACGUUGUAGCCUUAGUACUACUUCAAGAAAAGUCUCAAUGAAACCGUACUCAGUUACUAAAUUUAGACAGCCUACCAAACUCAGACUUGGGACGAAAGCUCAUUUUGAACAGACCAAUAAGAUUUCAGCUUCAAAUUGACCAAUCUAUUGCAUUGACAGAUUUCCAGUCGGGUCUUGUCGUUUUGCAAAAAUAUUUCUUCUCUAAAUCCAGCUUUUAUUUUAAAAAAUGGUACAAAAACCCUGUAUCGCCGUACAACUGGAAACAAGUUUCAACCCCCUACAAAGUAAACCGUCCAGGCUGGAAUGCAUCCAGCAGUUUUUCAUUGUGUAUUUCAAAUUUUUUUCUUCCUAUUUUAAAAAUGUUAUAUAUUAUUUUCUUGUUUUUUUUUUUGUUUAAUCUGAAUUAAUUUCUUUUAAAAACAGCUUUUAUAUAAAAUUUUAAUCAGUAUUUCUGAAACAAUUUUAUGUUCCAAAUUAAAGCCAAUUUAAAAAACAAAAAACAUUAAUACAACUCUUGAUGUUAUUAGACUUCUAGCAACAGAUCAAACAGACUUACCAGGUGAACAG